ACAUUCCGAUCUUAACCCAUAAGAAAAGCAAGGUAUCCAAAACAAAAAAUCUGAACACAUAAAUUGCAGAGGAAGAAACAAGAAAGAGCUAGUCGAAGCAGAAGAAGACAUGGCGUUGCAGUGGUUGAUACUCACAUACGUGGUCGCGGCUGAGGCUGCGGUGGCCAUUCUGCUAACGCUUCCGACACCCAAACUCCUCAGGAACCGUUUCGCUUCUCUCGUUUCCCUCAUUCUUCAACCGGCGCUUUUCAUCGUCCCCUUUGCGGGGUUCCACCUCCUAGAUAUAUACUGGAAGAAUGAGCAUCGGUUGAUGUGUACCUCUGAAGUUUGCACUGCUGCGGAGAGAGAUCGAUAUGAGAAAUCUAUAUACAAAGCUCAGAGGAAUGUAAUCCUGUGCAUUACAUCAAUUCUUCUUUACUGGUCUAUCAGCCGUAUUUGCAAAUAUCAGAAGGAUGUGGAGAGUAUGGAGGAAGUGGAGAAGAGAUACAAAUCCCAGUAGAUAUUUGUAGUCUAGUGAUAGUGUUUAUGGCCAUGCCAGGAUGAUGUACCAAAUUAUAUACUGUUCAUUCACCUCUAUAUUUCCAAAUUCCAAUCUUUAUUAUGCAGUUUGGGAUGGAUUUUUGACUUCUAUGUUGUUUGAUGGUUUUUAGCCUAUAUUUUAAUGUUAAGAGUGUGUUUGGUUUCGGUAGGAAAA